CGAACAUACAAUACCUGCCUCGUCAUAAUAAUGCCGCCUUCGCGACCAGCUCCAGAUUUGUCUCCUUCAGUCCGCCGCAAUUUAUUCUCGGGUCACAUAUCGCGACGUCCGGCCUCGGGCGAAAUGGACCAGCAGCAACAACCUCCUCCUCAGCAAAGACAACCGCAGGGGCCUCGCCGACUGCAUCAGCGCAGCGUGUCUACACCGUCUCUAUCGCCCUCACCGGCCCGUUCUUCUCCCUUUACCGCCAACAUCAACGACUCUCCUCCGCCCACCAACCAAACCAACCCACUCUUCUCCCAGCACGCGUUGCUGCCCUCGCCCCCCGUGCACGCCUCGUUGCAUGACAGUUACGAUCCCACCAUCUCCCCGAACCGCCCUCUCUCUCCUCGUUCCAGUGCGGCCAUAUUCCCCAACUCGUCGAUCGUGGCUUUGAACCCUCUCACCGGCCGCCCUGCCCUACCCCAUAUUCCCGUGCUUCCGGGACGCCUGCGGCUCACGGAUUCCGACGAUGACGACGACGAAGAAGCACCACAGAUUGAAGAUCUCACGAGUCACCAUCGCCAGGGCCAGAACAUCAGCCAAUCAGAUCCCUCUGGUGCUGCUGCUGCUGCUGCUGCAACACACCCUCAAAACGGCGGCGGGGCGGUAGAUUACGUCUCACACAUGGAUGAAGAGCACGAGGAGCGAGCGGCCUUUGAGCGAGAUCUCAGAGAUAGGCUGGCUAGUCAUCGUGCGCGGCUGCAACGGCAACAGCAGCAACAAGCGACAGCUCACGGUGCCGCCGUCGUCUCCGUGUCCAACAACCAGCAUUCGCAGUCGUCGCGACUCGGUCGCCGCACGCACAGAGUGAAACUCGUCUCUCAGCGCGACGACGGUCCGGACUUUGAAAUGGGUUCGGGAGGAUACCGUGGACAACAACAGCACCAACACCAAGGCGAGCACGCAGCGCCGCCCUCCUAUACCACCAGAGAUUACGACCGGGACGAAGAGGAGAAAGACCAGGCGGCCGAAAAGGGCGCGUUACUCAGCAUGCUCAUAACGAAGCUACGCGAAGAAGUGGCCAGGGCUGAGGACGAAGCUUGGAUGUUUGGCGAUACUGGUGCCUUCCGUACGGGAAGCAGCGACGACACGGGUUAUGAAUGA